AUGACAACUUCAUCUUCAUCAUCAACUUUUCAUCCAUAUCAAUCAUCAUAUACUUCAAAAAAGCUACCUAAACCACCACCUCCUCCACCACCAGAUAUAGCACCUGAUCCUCCUAUUCAUAAACAACAACCUAUUGAUAUUAAGAAUUUACCUAACAUUAGACAAUCUACGACAAAUUCGUCACCUUCAUUGCAUUCUUCUUCACCAUAUCAACAUUUGGUACCUACUAUUCAACAUAGCAAUCACGAAAAUCGACAUAAUGAUCAACAUCAGCAAUUUAGAAGUUCAAUUUCUCCACCAACUGUAACAUCUUCACCAGAUAAGUAUCAUAACAAAAACCAUCAUCAAGAACUUAAAUCAACAUCAAUGCAAGAAUCAAGUUCGAACAAUUCAUUAUUAAAACAAGAAGAUAUAAAAUAUUACUAUAUAAAAGUAAUAAAUUAUGAAUUUAGAAAUUUACAAUUAGAUAUAGAUUUACAAUCAAAAUCAUUAUUUGACUUAAUAGAUUAUUGUGAAUUAUUAUAUGAAAAUUCAAAUAAUGGGACAGAAAAUAAUUUGAAUAAUAUAAAAUCAUAUAUAAAGGGUUUUUUAAUUUUUAAUUAUUUUAUAAAUGGAUUUAUAAUGUUUCAUUUUGAAGGAUUUGAUUCAUUCAUUGAAUCAAAUGAACAAGAUUUUAUUAUUUAUUUAAAUAUUUUUGCAUUUUAUAAUACUGAUCAAGUUUUUAAUAAUGGGAAUUAUACCAUAAGUUCAUUGGAAAUUAGAAGAUAUAUAAAAGAUUAUUUGACUGAGAAAAACUUAUUAAGUUUUAGUAUUGAUGAAUUAUAUGAUUGGUUAAAUCAAUAUAUUACGUACCUUAAGGAAAAAGACUUAUCAUAUGAUCACAAUGAUAAUGAUAGUGAAAAUGAAUUUAGUUUUGAAAAUUCAAUAAAAUCAGAAAAUAGUGAUGAACUAGAAGAAAUGUCAAAUUUGAAAAUAGAUCAUACUGCCAAUUCUCAAAAAAGUAGAUUAUCUCAACAUUCAAGACAAUCAUCUAUUGGUUCAAUAGAUGGGUUUAAAAAUAGAUAUCCUUCAUUACCUGUACCAAAAGAUUAUUCUAAAGAAAAUAAUAAUAACAGUUUUUUAUCAACAGUAUCAGAACCCAAAAAGAAAGCCCCACCACCAAUACCAACCAAUUUACCACCACUGUUAUUGAAUAAUUUACCAUCAACUUCAUCAUCACCGCCAACAUCAAUUUCAAAACUGACUCGUAGUUUAUCACCAUAUAAAAAUGAGAAACAAAAUAUUUCAAGUCCAUAUCCAGAAAAAGAUAUCGUAACAACAGCAAAAUUAAGUGCAGAUGAUCUUUAUUUCACAAGUCCAUCAAAACAACAAACCAACAACGAUGGAUAUUCAAAUUAUAGAAGACAAACAGAACCAGUAGUUGAAUCAAAUACAAUACAUGCUCACGGAUUAAAUGGUCAUAAUAAUGCUACUCACUACAAUCCUACAUAUCAACACCAACAACCUUACCCUCCACCACAAAAUUAUCAAUAUUUACAACAACACCAAACUGCAAUGCCCACAUUCCCACCACCACAACAAUCAAAUAUGUAUUAUCAAAACAAUGGACAACCAUUUAUCCACCAACAACAACACCUUCAACAUCCACAAACGUAUCCGCCACCACAAUCACAUACACACUACCAAUCUUACAAUAAUCAUCAUCCAAUGAUCCCCAAUCACGUAAUGGUACAACAAGAACAAAUAAAAUUUCAAAAAUUCAAUAUGUUAAAAGAUUUAUCCGUGUGUGGAUUAAGAAAUUUUGGAUCAUCUUGUUAUAUCAAUUCAACUAUACAAUUAUUAUUUGGAAUUUAUCAAUUUAAAUUAAUUUUCAAUAAAAACUAUCAAAAAUUAGUUAAAAACCCCAAAUUUAUCAAAAUAAUGCAAAAUUCAAAUUCUCACAAGAAAGAUUCGGUAUUAUUAAGUGAAGCCAUCAAUGGAUUACUUAAAACAAUGCAACAAAAUGGAGGUGUUCCAAUCUCACCUACAAAAUUCAUUAGAGUUACAUCAUUACUAAAACCGGACUUUAAUAUCCCUCACGAACAACAAGAUUCACAAGAAUUUCUUUUGUUUAUACUAGAAAGAUUACAUGAAGAAUUAAACGACAAUCAUCAACAAGAAUUUAAUCCUGAUUACCUCAUAACAAAAUGGAAUAUAAUUAUAGAUUUAGAAAGUCAAUCAAGUUACAUAAAAUGGCUUAAACAAUUAUACGAUCAUGAAGGUUCAAGUCCAAUAUCUGAUCUUAUACAAGGUCAUUUACAAAAUAAAUUAAAAUGUAAUAAAUGUCAUUACGAAUCAAUAUCAUACUCGCCGUUUUCAAUCCUAAGUUUACCAAUUCCAAAACAAAAAUCUCAAAAUGAAGUAGUUGACUUAAGUUCUUGUUUAAGUUAUUACAUCCAAGAUGAGAUAUUAUCAGGUGAUAACGCAUGGAGAUGUCCUAAAUGUCAUGGUGAAGUACCCACUAUAGAAAACCAUCCAGUUUUUGAGAAAAAGAAAGGUUUAUUCAAAUUAACCAAAUCCAAAAAAACUGAAACAAAUUCAUCAUCAUCAUCAACAAGUUCAUCAUCAUCAACAACAACAAACAUAACAUCAACUAAAUCAAUCUCAUUUGUUAAACUACCGCGUAUUUUAUUCAUUCAUUUAUCUAGAUUCUCAAUGUUUAAUCUCACAGAUAAAUUAAAUACACCAAUUAGGUAUCCAUUAAAAUUAAUUUUCAACAAUUUCAAAUUCCAACACGAAAUAAAAUACAAAUUAUCAGGAAUAAUCAACCAUUUCGGAAAUUUAAAAUCGGGUCAUUAUACAUCUAUAAUCAAUAAAUCAAAUAUAAACGAAAACAAAAAUGAUUUAGAAAAUUUAAUUCAUCCCUUUUGGUGUUUAUUUGAUGAUGAAAAUGUAAAACCAAACAUAAACAAUGGUUCAUUACGUAAUGAAAAUGAUCCUUCUCAUAAUGGGUAUUAUGAAGAAAUGAUUUCGAGAGAUGUUUAUGUUUUAUGUUAUGAACGUAUCGAUUGA